AUUUAGCACUCAACUUAAUGAAGGGUAAAAUGUACUCGAUCAAGAAUCCAGAUCCAUCAAACCCGGAAAAUCCUCUGUAGCAAUUAAAUUACAAUUACGAAUUCCUGGGGAUUGGAUUGAGCAUCUGAUUUUUGUUUAUACAUACAUAGCGAAUCGAAGUAGAGGUGGAGGGUCGGUCGUGUAGUGAGAUCAGCAAUGGAGGCGUCGCAAGGAGGAGGAUCGGAAAGAGACAUUUCGAAUUCUUCGUCGUCUUCCACUCCAGUUCCUGCCGUCGCUACCUUCUGGAAAGAAUUUGAUUUAGAGAAGGAACGGAGCGUCCUCGAUGAACAAGGGCUUAGGAUUGCAGAAAAUCAGGAAAACAGCCAGAAAAAUCGCCGGAAGCUUGCAGAAAGCACUAGAGACUUCAAGAAGGCUGCAAAUGAAGAAAAGUUGAGCUUGUUCAACUCGUUACUUAAGGGUUACCAAGAAGAGGUUGAUAAUCUUACCAAGAGAGCAAAAUUUGGAGAAAAUGCUUUUCUUAACAUUUACCAGAAACUUUAUGAAGCACCAGAUCCUUACCCAGUUCUUGCUUCAAUUGCAGUAAGUAUUAGCUUCUCAUUUUUGGUCUUUCCUUUAGAGUACUGGUUAUUUUUCUGAAUGUCAUGACAUGUA